AUGCCCCUGCACUACGCCGUGGCCUACGAUCAAGCUGAUGCCAUCAAUGUCUUGUUGCAGGCACGUGUCAAGGUCAAUUGCGGGGAUGCCGAGGGCCGAACGCCACUGCACAUGGCAGUGCAUCAAGGCAAUGUCGUCAUGACCAAGACGCUGCUGGCUGCCGUUGCUGUGUUCCUCACGCUGGUGUCCUUGAACCAACGCUCGCCCCAGGGCACGGAAUGCGCCAAGUUACUCCUCUCGACGCCCGCGCGCAAUCAGAUUAACCAAAAGGAUAUGCAGGGCAUGACGGCUCUUCAUUGGGCAGGCUACCACAAGCGGCCCAACCACACCAAAUAUCUCCUGCAUAAAGGUGCCGACGAAAUGGCUCGUGACAGUGAACUCAAGGUGAGGAUCCCACAGCCUCGUCCCUUGUUGUUCUUCUGGGCCUUGCUCGGCCUUUUGACCUUGGCGUCGGCCUUGACUUGUGCGUUUGCCGUGCAUAGCCACUCAGCAAGUCUGGUCAACGAUCAAGACAGCACUGGUACAACGCCGGCGCAUCUAGCCGCUGGCAACGGGCAUGCAAAUGUGCUCAAGGUGCUAGCAAGGUGUCCUGGAAUCGCUCUCGAUGCCUGUGAUCGCAAUGGACGGACUGCACUGCACUGGGCAGCAGCAGCGGGGCAUCAAGCUUGUGUCGCUGCCCUCUUGGCCUUUGGUGCUGACCCCUCCAUCGUGGAUCAGAAUGGUGCCGUAGCGCGUGAUUAUGCCAUGCGCAGCCAAGCUCCCAAUGCACAGGCGAUUGCACACGUGGCCGCGCUACAGGACAAGUUGGACUUGGCUGAAUCACAGCUGGUGAGAUGCAAUUCUCCUCCUCCAAGCAUCCACUUUGUGCUGAAAGUGACACUGGCAUGUGUGGCAUUAGAUCAAGGCUAA